UGUCGCAAAACCACCAACACUGCCGAGUACUCUCGCAAGACAAAGUGCUGUAUUAAAGUUUUAAAAUAAUGUUGUGAACGAUUCCAGCCUUGUCAUGACAACCAGAUCAUCUGAUAAUAAUAAUAAUCAAAACAGUGUGAAUCCAUGUCAGUAAGUGGAAGAGACGGAGAAUCUAUAUAUUGUUUCACAUGGCAUCAUUCAACACAGAAGUUGAAGUGAGUCCAGACAUUCACAUCUGCGGUUUAUGCAAACAGCAGUACAACAGCGUUGAGCUCUUUUUUGCUCACAAGCAAAAUAACUGUCAGGUCCCUCCAAAUAAUAUAUCAGGCCGAAAUGCUGUUUCCAACGAGUCCUUUCACGCGUGUGGAUCAAAAGUUAAAAAGAACCUCACCCAGAAAGCUCCCUCCAAGAAGCUGAAACCCGCCUUGACUCAGAAAAGACAUGUAUGCACCUACUCGGGUUGUACAUUCAAAACUCAGUAUGGCCAAAAAGACAUGGAGAGACAUAUUUUAACACACACUGGCGAACGACCGUUUGAGUGUGAACUCUGUCACAAGCGAUUCAGUCGUCGAGAUAAACUGAAUCUCCACAGCCGCAUGCACACCGGAGAGAAGCCGCACAAGUGUAAAUACUGCUCUUACGCGGCGGCCGAGACCAGCAGUCUGAAGAAGCAUCUCCGUAUCCACUACGAUGAAAGACCCUUCAAGUGUCAGAUAUGCCCCUACGCCAGCCGAAACUCCAGCCAGCUCACCGUUCACCUGCGGUCUCAUACAGGUGACGCCCCGUUUCAGUGUAGCCAGUGUGAUGCCAAAUUCAAGAUCAGCUCGGACCUGAAGCGUCACAGUCGAGUCCACUCCGGUGAGAAGCCCUAUAAGUGUGACCUCUGUGAGUAUCGCUGCGCCAUGAAGGCCAAUUUAAAAUCCCACAUCCAUCUUAAGCACAGCGGCGUUGACUCCUUCCGUUGCUCUGAUUGUGACUUUCAAUGUUCCACCAAAGCCGCCCUGCGACACCACUCCCGUCAGCACCAGCCCGUCCAGCCCCUGCAGUGCAGCAAGUGCAGUUACUCCUGCUCCAGCAAGGGGGCGCUCAAGAUACACGAGCGGGUGCACUCGGAUGAACGGCCCUUUAAAUGCGAACACUGUUCCUUUGCCACUAAGCAGCGUAGCAAUUUGUUAAUUCACAGAAGGAAGUGUCAUGCGGAUAAGCCGGAAAGGAAGGGUAAGACGGCGAGAGGGGGCGAGGCAGGGGAGGAGCCUCCCAAACCUCUCAGCUCAAGGCACAGGGCGAGAUUGGAGGCGGCGCGGGCGUUCCGUUGCGACCUGUGCGAAGCUUCGUUCGUACGGGAGGAUUCGCUUCGGAGUCACAAAAGGCAGCAUAAUAAAAACACACAUCAGGGUUUGACGCAGUCGCAAGCCACUGUUACAAAACAGCCCUUGCAGGAUGCGAACCAAGCCCACGUCACAACCAGCACACCGUCAUACAGCGGAACGCAUCUAAAGAUCAUUGUAGCACCAACUAUAGGACAAGAAGGAACUUUUGCUACGGUGGGAAAGACCGAAGUUUUGCUCGCUCACGAGGAGCACGAUGUGCUUUUGAACCCUGUAAUACAACACGUCGGCCUGCUAACGCCCAUGCAGCACAUUUCGCUGACACCAGAGGGAGGUCUCGAGCACCAGACGGUUCUGCUCGCCCAAAUCAGCCGCAAUGAGGAAAACACCUUUGAGACAGGUGAAGCUGCCCCUCCCGCUCGAAACUUCAUCACUUCCUGUUCUGCCUCGGCUUCAGACGCCGCCCACACCUACAUCACUUCCUGUUCUGACCUGGAAAGCCUUCACACGCUCAUCCAGGAGGGCGGAACUGAAGUCACGGUGGUGACGGAGACGAGCCCCCCCAUCGCAAAACCUCUGGACGUCGAUGGUGUUUCAUCUGAGGACGUAUGUAAGAGAGCAGAACGGGUCAUGUCUGAAGAAAGUCUGGAUAUCGGUCCACCGGAGACCAUUCUUGUGCACAGUAUUCCUCUGACUAUUUCAACCCAAGAUCAGCAGACUAACAUAUACCAUCUGUCUCCAGGACAUAUAUUUUCAGAUACUGGGACGGUGGACAUCAGUGAUGACUCAUAGUGCGGAAUGUGUUUACGAAAUGAUUUUUUUGUAAAGCUAAAUUUGUUUGUCGAAGUGGUCUGAGAAGUAAGCUUUAGUUUUUGAGUCGUCACUAUCGCCCGUACAUUGUGUCUGAAACGCUGGCAACAAAAAUGUUUUAUUUACCUUGUUCUGUGAUUCUGUUAAAUUAUGUUUUGCUGAACUGUUGAAGCUGCUCAGUAUUGGCUGUUUUACAUGAGGUCACCAUGGUCAACUGCACCAUUACCACAAACAUUGAAAAAUCUCUUAAAUAUAAGUCAGGAUACAGAGUAUCAUAAAGGGAUUCAUAGAUCUACAUUCACGUUAUCCUGAACCCGAAAUAAACACG